AAGAACUGAAGACGGAAUCAGAUUUCUACCUUUAACCGUACUGAAAAUGGCGAAAGCAAAAGCCCUGUGGGUCUACGCAAGGCGAACCGUGCUGUGCUGCGUGGUGCUGACCGUGUGCGGGGCCGCUGCGGCCGGGCAGAUUCGCUACUCGAUCCCCGAGGAAAUGCAGAAAGGCUCCUUCGUGGGCAACAUCGCGCAGGACCUGGGGCUGGAGGCCAAGGCGCUGUCGGAGCGCGGCGUGCGCGUGAUUUCCAGAGGUAGGACACAGUAUUUCGCUUUGAAUGUAAAGAGCGGCCAUUUAAUCACGGCGGAGCGGCUAGACAGGGAGCAGCUGUGCGGCCGGGCCGAGAAGUGUCUCCUGAACUGCGAGGUUAUAGCGGACGAUGUAAUGAAAGUUUUUCGAAUAGAAGUUGAGAUCGCGGAUAUCAAUGACCAUGCUCCCAACUUCCAGGCGCAAGCGAUGGAACUAAAAAUUAGUGAGCUUACAGCUGUUGGCACGCGAAUUUCCCUGCCUGAGGCUCACGAUCCAGAUGUGGGAGUUAACUCUGUCCAGAGCUACGGGUUGAGCAGCAACGAGCACUUCUCCCUGGACAUGCAAUCUGGCCCCGGGGGUGUUAAAUAUCCGGAACUGGUUCUGGAAACGGCUCUAGACCGGGAGACGCGCGCUGUCCACCAACUAACUCUCACAGCGUCUGACAGGGGGGACCCGGCCAAGUCUGCCACUGCUCAAAUCCGUGUUCUGGUGGUGGACGCCAAUGACAAUGCUCCGCGUUUUGCCCAGCCGGUCUAUAAAGCCAGUGUUUUGGAAAACGUGCCCAGAGGAUCCACGGUCGUUUCAAUAAGCGCCAUUGAUCCGGACGAGGGAAGCAAUUCUGAGGUGAGCUACGCCUUUACAAGAAUUUCAGCGCAGGGCUCCCAGGUGUUCAGCUUGCAUCCUGGGACCGGGGAGAUAACACUCGUAGGAGACCUGGACUAUGAGGAAACUGCAGCGUAUGAAAUGGAAGUUGAGGCGAAGGACAUUGACGACCUCUCGGCCAGGGCCAAAGUACUGGUGACCGUCCUGGAUGUGAAUGAUAAUGUGCCCAGAAUUGAAAUUACUUCACUGUUCAGCCCAGUCCCGGAAGACUCCGCACCCGGAACAGCGAUCGCUCUGCUACACGUGCGGGAUGGAGACACCGGCCUGAACGGGGAGGUCUCGUGCUCCAUCCCGGACCACGUCCCCUUCCGGCUGCAGAAAUCCGUGGACAACUACUACAGCCUGGUGACGGCCAGAGACCUGGACCGGGAGCAGGUGGCGGAUUACAACGUGACGGUCACGGCCCGGGACCGCGGGGCGCCGCCGCUGUGGUCCGCCACGACGAUCGCGGUGCAGGUGUCGGACGUGAACGACAACGCGCCGGCCUUCAGCCAGGCGGCCUACAGCGUGUGGGUGAGCGAGAACAACGCCCGCGGCGCCUCGGUGUUCUGCGCGCGGGCGGCCGACGCGGACUGGGGCGACAACGCCCGGGUGACGUACUGGCUGGCGGAGGGCGAGCUGCAGGGCGCGCCGCUGUCGUCGUGGCUGUCGGUGCAGGCGGAGAGCGGCGCGGUGCAUGCGCUGCGCGCCCUGGACUACGAGCAGGUGCGCGAGAUCCGCUUCGCCGUGGAGGCGCGGGACGGUAGUUUUGUGUCCUUUGAGUUCUAUUAG